AUGGAGGAGAACGAGCAGCGCCCGGGCGCCGAAGGAGGCGCAGAACAGCCGCCGCCGCCGCCGCCGCCGCCGCCGCCGCCGGAGGAGUCCAGCAGCGGCAGCGACGGGGAACCCAACCGGCGGAGGGCGAUGCUCCUGCCCCGGGUGCUCCAAGAGCCUGGCAACCAUCCGCACCAGCACCCGCCACACCGAAUCACGAACUUUUUCAUCGACAACAUCCUGCGACCGGAGUUCGGCCGGAGGAAAGACGGCGGUACCUGCGGCGGGGGCAGCAGCGUUAACCCGGAGCAGCAGCAGCAGCAACAGCAGCAGCAGCAGCUCCUCAUCGCCCGGAGUCCCUCCGCGGCGCCAGCCUCCGGUUCCCCGACCGACGGAGGAGGAGGAGACGGUGGCUCCAAAGCUCUAGCCCCGGCUAAGAAAGGCGGCGACUCUGGCGCGCUCGACGGAGCCUUGAAGACCCGCGGCAGUGGCAGCAGCGGCGGCGGCGGCGGCGGCGAUCAGUCGCUGAGCUCCGACUCGGACAGCUCCCAGGCCAGCUCCUUCCCCAGCGCGCAGCCCAUGCUGUGGCCAGCCUGGGUCUACUGCACCCGCUAUUCGGACAGGCCUUCUUCAGGCCCCAGAUCCCGCAAACCAAAGAAGAAGAACCCCAACAAGGAGGACAAACGUCCCCGGACAGCGUUCACGGCGGAGCAGCUGCAAAGACUCAAAGCGGAGUUUCAGACGAACAGAUACUUGACAGAGCAGAGGAGGCAAAGCCUGGCUCAAGAACUCAGUCUCAACGAGUCUCAGAUCAAGAUCUGGUUUCAGAACAAGCGAGCCAAAAUCAAGAAAGCCACCGGCAACAAGAACUCCCUGGCGGUUCACCUAAUGGCACAAGGACUGUACAACCACUCCACGGCCUCGAAAGACGGCAAGUCAGACAGCGAGUAA